AUGCACCGACUAGUCGGCGAGCUCUUUUCACGCCUCGAGGGGUCCCCGACGAGCGGCUGCUUCCUAAACAGCGGAUCGCCCCGCUCUCGCAAAAUGGAAGACGACCCUGCCGUCGAUCCGCCACGACAUCCAGUAUAUGGGUAUCAAUGCGAGCCCGCGGCCGAUACAAGUGCACGGAGCGGUGGCGAAGACUACAAGUCUGCGGAAGAAGGCGAAGAAUUUGAGAUCAUCGAGGAAAGGGCACCAAGCCCAGUAACAAGCCCACCACCGAUGCCCGAACCGAAGCUCGAAGCGCCGUUCACACCGAAGCCGACCAUGGCAAACGCCGAACGACUCCAAAAUGGGGGAAAGACUAUUCAGCGUAUUCCUGAGCGCCAAAAGACAAUGGUCGUUUCUCCGGCCAAAUCCCCCUCGAUAACCGCGGUGCAGGACAUCUUUGCCAAGGCCAAAAAGGACAGCAAUUUUGAGGAAGCCGAGCGUGCCGUCAUUUCUCUGAUGACCAGCAAUGAACGUCUCGUGGCCUCCGCAAUGGCAGCAAAAGUUGAGCAACUACAGGCAAAAUACGAUCAAUCGAAAUCCGACGUGCUUUGCCUAGAUCAUCUCGUCGACAACCUAAGACAAGGCAUCGUUCGUGCAGGCAAGGGCGUUCAACCUCUGCACACCGACAACGCCAGCUCGCUCAAAUACGAUCAGCUAAAGGUUGAACAUCAGCAAUUGCAGAAUGAAUUGAAACAGCUCUACGACACCUACCAGAAUUCAUUCCCAUACAUCGACCAACUGAAGAGCCUGAUCAAGGAUCUGAAAGAGCAGAAUGAAGACUGGAAGAAGUCGCACGAAGUUCUAAACGCCGACAUCGCAGCGGUCGGAGAAAAAUAUCAGCACCUUCUUGUUCACAGCCAGGACAAACUAAACGAUGCCAACGACCAUGUACGCAAAGUUGAAGAAAGGGCAGAACGAGACAGACUGGCCCUGGCGACCAAGCAGACUGCGAUAGAUUCUCUUAGAGGACAACUCGACGCCAAGGUCAAGGAAAACCAAGAGCUGCAGGAUAUAUGCAACGCUUUGAUGGAGAAACUCAACCAACAAGAAGACGACGGCCAAAGCGAGAUGGGAUCCAUC